AUGACUUUGGAAGGUGUCCCCCAGGGCUGCUCUGCAGAGUGCUAUGUCCAGGCUGCCCCUGGCACCCAUCCUUCAUCCCGAUGUCAGACCCCGAACUUCCUCUGCAGGUCUCACUUGACCUCCGGGUGCCUGACACCCAGCUACUACACCGGAAGUGGUUGCCACAGCCCCUGCCUGGUAGGGAGCUGUGCUUGGUGUGAGGAGGGGACGUUCAACAGCAAUGAAAAGGAAACCAUGCAGUUCCUAAAUGACAGACUGGCCAGCUACCUGGAGAAGGUGCACAGCCUGGAGGAGGCCAAUGAGGAGCUGGAGUGCAGGAUCCGCGAGCAGUGCGAGCCCGAGGCCCCGGCCUUGUGCCCGGAUUACCAGUGCUACUUCAACACCAUCGAAGAGCUCCAGCAAAAGAUCUUAUGCACGAAGGCAGAGAAUUCUAGACUCGCUGUUCAGCUUGACAACUGCAAACUCGCAGCUGAUGACUUUAGGUCAAAGUACGAGAGCGAGUUGUCCCUUCACCAGCUGGUGGAGUCAGACAUCAGUGGCCUCCGUGGGAUCCUGAGUGAGCUGACCCUGUGCAAAUCUGACCUGGAGGCCCAUGUGGAGUCUCUGAAGGACGAUCUCCUCUGCCUUAAGAAGAGCCACGAAGAGGAGGUCAAUGUGCUUCGUGAGCAGCUUGGAGACCGACUCAGCGUGGAGCUGGACACAGCCCCCACCAUGGACCUCAACAAGGUCCUGGAGGAGAUGCGAUGUCAGUACGAAACGGUGCUGGCCAACAACCGCAGGGAUGCGGAAGAAUGGUUUGCUGCUCAGACAGAAGAGCUGAACCAGCAGCAGUUAUCCAGUGCCGAGCAGCUUCAAGGCUGCCAGACAGAGAUGCUGGAGAUGAAGCGUACAGCCAACACCCUGGAAAUUGAGCUCCAGGCACAGCAAAACCUGAUGGAAUCUCUGGAAUGUACAGUAGCAGAAACCGAGGCCCAAUACAGCACCCAGUUGGCCCAGAUGCAAUGCCUGAUUGACAACGUGGAGAACCAGCUGGCUGAGAUCCGCUGUGACCUGGAGAGGCAGAACCAGGAAUACGAGGUGCUGCUGGACACAAAAGCCCGACUCGAGUGUGAGAUCAACACGUACCGAGGCCUGCUGGACAGCGAGGACAGCAGGCAAGUUCCAUGA